UCCCUGUUAUAAAACUGACUGGAUUUUUUUCCUCCAUCUGGCCUGUUUGGAAAGGGAAAAGCCUCUUCAGGGUUCUUGCUGUCAAUCUUUAAGGAAACAGUACCAAAGUUGCUUAAUGGAAACCUCACCAGCAGCAUGGUUAUCUGAUGAAAUGGGAAUGGAGGAAUAUUCAGCUUUUGGCCAUGUUCGAUACGAUACGAACCCUCUAGAUUACUCUAUUGAUGAGUUCAAUUUUCAGACUUUUCCUUCAAAGUGUUUUUCAAUGAAUGACCAAACUUUCAAUCAUCAAGCCCCGCAAAACUUUACCUGUGCAUCCUCUAUUUCCUCUCAAGUCAGCAUUGAUCAGAGGCCAGCAAAACAGCCAAAAAAUUCUCAACAGGCUCCUCCUUCUUCCUCGUCUCACGUUAUAUCUUUUGAUAAUUCUAGCCCUCCCCCAGCAUCUUCUCUGCAGUACUUUGGAAGUACAAAUUACGAAGAUGGUGCGACAUAUUUUAGGAAAGCCGGUACCAAAAAGAUUGCCACAACGAGCAAGUCUCCUUCACAUGCAAUAGAGGAACGAAAUCGCCGGGAAAAGCUCAGCCAGAGAUUCAUAGCACUUUCAGCUGUUGUUCCCGGCCUAAAGAAGAUGGACAAGGCAUCUGUUCUUGGAGACGCAAUUAAGUACCUGAAAUAUCUUCAAGAACGUGUGAAGACACUCGAGGAACAAGCUGCCAAGAAAACCAUGGAAUCAGCUGUUUUUGUCAAGAAGUCUAUGGUUUGUAUUGCUGAUGAUUCUUCAUCUUCAACCGAUGAAAACCCUGCAGGUGGCUGCCGCGACUACCCACUUCCUGAAAUCGAAAUAACAGUUUCAGAUGAGGAUGUCCUCAUCAGGAUCCUUUGUGAGAAUCAGAAAGGAUGCCUAACGAAAAUACUGACCGAAAUGGAAAAGCUUCACCUGAAAGUGAUCAACAGCGUAGUCAUGCCCUUCGGAAACUACACCCUUGAUGUAACUAUUGUUGCUCAGAUGGACGUUGAUUUCUCCAUGACAUUGAAGGAUCUUGUGAAAAAUCUACGACGGGCUCUCCUGCAGGGCUGAUCAUGUGCCAUGCUGGUAUAUUUUAUUCUUCAUUUCUCAAGAUCUCCUCGGGGAAAUAAUGGCCACCUUCAAGACCAAAAUCACACCAUGUGGUUGUCGUUGGGACCGAGGAAUCCAUUUUUUGCCGUGGGUUUCAAUAUUUUUCUUUUCGUGGUUGACCACGUUUAAUUACCCACAUGCUAAAUAUGGAACCUGCUACUACAUAGAUAUAUAGUCCUUCCUUUUUUGAA